AACGGGAAAGUGAAGAGAGGGAAAGCGAAAAUUAUGGAAAAUGAGGAGAGAGAGAGAGAGAGAGAGAAAGAAAAACGGACUGAUUUUAGGGAAGGAAGGAAGCAACGGAGAACCGAUAGUAGCACUUUAUCUCGGGUUUUCCCGGAAAAUAUGUCUUCAACCAUUUUCGCGGGAAAAUAACGAGGUCCUAGCUAGGAACCAUCUUAUCCAUUUGCUAGGAAGUUUCUGUAUGUAUUUUCUUCUUCUUCUUCUUCCUCUUUUUGUUUGUGUUCUCUCGUUGGAGCAACAGAUUUCCGGCAAAGCCAGGGGAAACGAUGUCGUCGUGGUCUUCUUCAGCUACGGUUCGGGUGGACAAAGCGACGAGCGACCUUCUGAUCGGUCCCAAUUGGACUAUGAACAUGGAUAUUUGUGAUUCCAUCAAUUCCAACCAUUGAUUUUGACAGUCAUGGCUAUGUACAUACACAUAUCAUGAAUGUGUAUGUUCAUGCGGAUGUCUACGAAUAAUUUAUUUUGAAUUGAUUGGGUGAUAAUAAGGAAAGGGUUUGAAUUUUCCUAAUCUUGAAUUCCCUCUGGGGAAGCAAAAGAAGUUGUCAAAGCCGUGAAGAAAAGAUUGCAACAUAAGAACCCUAGAGUUCAAUUACUAGCAUUGACGCUUUUGGAGACAAUGGUAAAAAACUGUGGUGAUAAUGUGCAUUUUCAUAUUGCUGAUAGGAAUAUUCUGCAAGAUAUGAUCAAAUUUGUGAAGAAGAAGGCUGAUAUACAUGUAAAGGACAAAAUGCUGGUGCUCCUAGAUUCUUGGCAAGAAGCAUUUGGUGGGCCUGAAGGGAAAUAUCCACAAUAUUACUGGGCAUAUGAGGAACUGAGACAUUCUGGAGUAGUAUUUCCUCAGCGAUCGUUUGAUACAGCUCCAAUAAUUACACCACCUGCAUCUCAUUCAACUCCGAGUUAUGCUCAAGCAAGCUAUGGGAUGCCAAUUAAUUCUUCAACUAAGCUUGAAGAAGCCAUGGCAGCUGAGAUGGAAAAUUUAAGCUUAUCAAGCAUUAAUUCAAUGAGGAAUGUUUCGGAUCUCUUAGCUGACAUGCUCCAAGCUUUGAAUCCAGGUGACCGUGAGUCAGUAAAAGAUGAAAUAAUAAUCCAUCUGGUCAACCAGUGUCGUUCCAACCAGAAAAAGCUGAUGCAAAUGUUGACUACAACUGGGGACGAAGAACUUCUUGGUCGGGGUCUUGAAUUAAAUGAUAGCCUGCAGAUUGUCCUUGUGAAACAUGAUGCUUUAGCUUCUGGUUUUCCGUUGCCAACGGAAGCGUCGAGUUCCAACAGCAAAUUUGUUGAGGCACGUGAAAUCAGCCCCAAGUCGAACGGGGGGCAGCAACCCAGCAAAACACCAGAUGCCAAUCCUUCUGCACCAGCUGUUACUGCAACAAAGGACCAGGUUGAAGACGAGGAAGAUGACUUCGCAUUACUAGCACGAAGGCAUUCCAAAACCAGGCCAACUACUUCUCAAGAUACAUCUUUGGGUACUAGUGAAAGUGUUACUUCAUUGAACUCUAGCAACAAUGCAGUAUCAUCCAUGCCUGUGGCCUCAGUUCCUGUCCCGUGUAAUGCAUUAGUUGUGUCUGAUCCACCGGUACCAGUUAGGAUCACAACUGAGCAAGAUAUGAUCGACUUUCUGACUCUCACCUUAUCAACCGUAACAGCAUCUCCUGAAACUCCUCACACUACUGCCACUGCUUCUCAGAACAUUCAUCCUUCUGUGUCCACCAUACAAGGAUACCCCAACGCUGACCAGGCUUCUUCCUCAAACCAGGGACAAGUGCCCUUCAACAGUUAUGUUGCUCCCUGGGCUCAGCCUCAGCACCAACCCCAAGCACUCCCUAAACCUCAUGCUCAAUCAUAUUCUCCACUGCAGGUAGAACCUCAACCCAAAACCCAACAGCAACUACAGCCUCGGCUCCAAUCGCCAUUGCCACUGCAGCCGCAAACGCGACCUCAGUGCCCUCUAUACUCAUCUGGCUACCCCCCUCCUCCAUGGGCACCAACUCCUGGUUAUUUAAGCAGCCAGAAUCAUUUAUCUACAACACGUAAUCCUUAUUCAAGUCUGCCAACAAACACAUCUUAUUCGCUCGUGGAAGGAGGCAGACAGUUAGAGCACUAUGGUACAUUCCCUGUGAGAGCGAGCAAUGGAGGAUUACCUAUGAAUGGGGAGCCGAGAGUGAGCUAUGGCCCUCGGACCCCUACCCCUGCAGGUGGACAGAAACCCUUUGUUCCCUCGUACCGAUUGUUUGAAGAUCUUAAUAUUCUUGGCAAUGGAGACAGCAAAUUUAAGAUGACAAGCAGCACCUCUGGCUUGCCAGGAGUCUCCAACCAAAGUAUGGUGGGUGGGAGAAAGUAAUAUGUUUAUUGUAUGAUAUUCUGGUUUUUCUGUCCCUAGUUUGCCAUUUUUGUCUUAUAUAUAUGUGUGUCUGUCAUCCAUUUUCCAAUUCGCACAGUUGUAGGGUCCUUGCAAUCAGUCCCUUGCAUCACCACAACAUUCUUUGAUCAUCUUUGAUAAAGAAAACAAUACUGCUCCACAUCAUGAUUUCUGAAGCCAUUGAAGAUUAAUUCUGGUUGAAGCGUACCUACAGGUUUAAAGUUUCUUUCUUUCUUUGUUUGGUUUUUGUUUUUUUUUUUCCUUUUAAAGCUAUAGAGGCCUGGAAACUAGUAGGAUAUUGGAGCUCAUUUUUCGAUGGAGGUUAAAUUUCUUAAAGCUUCACCCCCCUCCCCCAAAAAACAUGGAAGAUGCUGCCGCUUUCAACAGACAACAUACCAAGACUGCUUAAAAGAUUAU